UUUUUUUUUUUUAAGAAAAUAAAAUAAAACUCACCAAAAGCUUUGUAGGAGUAGUUCAUUAUGCUUCACCUCGCUUUCGCUUUCUUCCAUCUGACUAUUCUCUUCUCUGUUCUCAGUCUACUUCAACUGGCUUCCACAACCAACAACGAUGAGGUUGUUGCAGCAAUUCCCAGCUAUAUCCGAGUCUUCAAAAACGGCACCGUCGAACGCCCCCGUCAAACCCCAUAUGUGCCACCAUCGCUUGACGACCCUCAAACCGGAGUCUCUUCCAAAGACAUUGUCAUCUCCUACGAGCCUCUCAUUUCUGCCCGCCUUUACCUCCCAAAAUCCACCACCCAAUUCCACGAUGAUGACCACCAAAAACUCCCCAUCUUGGUCUACUAUCAUGGCGGUGGAUUCUUCUUUGAAUCCGCCUUCUCUCAGCUCUACCACCGUUACUUAAACCUCUUCGUCUCCCAAGUAAACGUCGUCGUCGUCUCUGUAGAAUACCGGCUAGCUCCGGAACACCUUCUGCCUGCAGCUUAUGAAGAUUGCUGGAAAGCCCUGAAAUGGGUCGCAACCUGUUCGACGAAAGACCCCAGUGAUGAGCCAUGGCUAAAUUACGGAGAUUUCAGCAGAGUUUUCAUCGCCGGUGAUAGUGCUGGUGGUAAUAUUGUCCAUAACGUCGCCAUGCGUGGUGGGGUUGAGGAUUUGCCUGGUGGGGUUAGAAUUUUAGGCGCUAUGUAUGUUCAUCCUUAUUUCUGCAGUUCAAGUCCAAUUGGGUCUGAACCAGUUUCAGGGCGCGACCAGAGCUUGCCUGUUUUGGUGUGGAAAUUCGUGUACCCUUCAGCCCCAGGUGGAUUAGAUAAUCCCAUGGUCAAUCCCUUGGCUCCUGGAGCGCCCAGCUUGGCUGGACUUGGGUGUUCUAGGAUUCUUGUGUGUGUUGCAGAGAAAGAUUCGUUGAGGGACAGAGGGGUUUGGUUCUAUGAGGGUGUGAAGAAGAGUGGGUGGAGAGGUGAACUGGAGCUGUUUGAACAAGAAGGAGAAGACCAUGUUUAUCAUAUCUUUCAUCCUGAUUCUGAAAAUGGCAAGAAAAUGACCAAACGCAUGGCUUCUUUUAUCAUGAAGGAAGAAACAGGCAUGGAUUGAUGCGUUCAACUUCGUGUUAAGUUACAGAAAGUGUCCGAAAAACAUUUGUGUUCUCAGUUCCGUUCUGGUCUUUGUGGUUGAGACAGGGAAGGAUUCAUGGUGAGUUCACUUCUUGCAAAUCUGUAUUGUCAAGUGCUUGCUAUUUGCUUCGUUCUUGCCGUGUGAUUUUUGUUUUACUUGUUGGAAUCUGUUCGCUAUCUGCUAUGGAUUGUGUUAAUUACUCGUUGGAAUAGUAUUUGUUGUUCCAAGAAUUUAUCGUCUUGUUCAUCACUGAGGUUGCUAUAACUUUUGUUUGUA